UUGAAUUGAAGUCCGCUCUACGUAGAAAAGCGUAGAAGAAGAGUGCACAAAAGCGUAGAAGAAGAGUGGCACCAAAACGGUAUGGCGGCUGACAGUUUGUAAUGAGCCAGCGAAAGCAUCACAGACUCCCGCAAGUUUAAAAGAUCUCCCUUAUACCUUGUCUGUGGAUAAUAACCACCGCCAAAAUGCUGAUCACUUUGAAAACUUUACAACAGCAGACGUUCAAAAUCGACAUCGACGAGGAGGAGACGGUGACGACAUUAAAGAAGAGGAUUGAACAAGAGAAGGGCAAGGACAAUUUUCCUGUUGCUGGACAAAAACUAAUCUAUGCUGGUCAAAUCCUCAGCGAUGACUCCAUCCUCAAAGAAUACAAAAUUGAUGAGCUGAACUUUGUGGUCGUCAUGGUGACAAAGCCUAAAAAGGCCUCCGCUCCAUCUCAGCCGUCACCAGCUGCGUCGACGGCGAGCACGGCACCCCCUCCGACGGCGUCGUCCACUUCGCACAAUCAAACAACACGACUUCCAGCGGACGGCCAAGCAGAAGCGAGGCGACCUGCUGCUGCUGCGGCUGCUGACCAGGCUGCUCCCGCUAUGGGUGUCUGGGAGACUUUCGGGAACCUAAUGGACGAGGCAGGUUCAACUGUUGUGUCGGGCGCGUCGUACGAUGCCAUGGUGACAGAGAUGAUGCUGAUGGGCUAUGAGAGAGAGCAGGUUGUGGAGGCGCUAAGAGCCAGCUUCAACAACCCCGACCGAGCCGUGGAGUACCUGCUCUCGGGUAUCCCAGGCAGGGACCAGGUCCUGGCUAGAGGGUCUGACACCGCAUUGAGUGGAACUCCAGCCGGACCCACUGGGGAUAUAAAUGACCCAGAUAGCAUGGGUGCCUCACAGGAUACAGAUAAUCCGCUGAAUUUCUUAAGGAAUCAGCCUCAGUUCCACAUGAUGCGGCACCUGAUCCAGCAGAACGCCUCACUGCUUCCCGCUCUGCUGCAAGAGAUCGGUAGGGAAAACCCAGAGCUGCUGCAGGAGAUCAGCAACCACCAGGAACACUUCAUUCAGAUGCUAAACGAGCCUCUCCCCGAGUCGCCCGGGCCCAUGGCCGACGAUUCCGGGGGCUCAGGAGGGGUGCAGAGCAACUCGCAGAGCGGCAGCAACAUGAGCUACAUUCAGGUCACCCCGCAGGAGAAGGAAGCCAUCGAAAGGUUAAAAGCCUUAGGCUUCCCGGAGGGGCUGGUGAUACAAGCUUACUUCGCGUGCGAGAAGAAUGAGAACUUGGCUGCCAACUUCCUUUUACAGCAGAACUUUGAUGACGAUUGAGAGACGAUCUGACUUUUGCUUUUAAUUUUUGUUGUUGUUGAUUUCUUACAUUUGAUUGGCGCUAUUGAAUAUAAAUAUAUAAGCCAUUUACAUGCCUCUAACCCCCUAAAAAUGAAUUUAUUUACCACUGUGUUGAUUGAUUAGUAAUCUAAUCUUUCUGCAUUUUUUCCGAAUACAGUAAUGACACUUUUUUCCAUGUAAAGGAAGAUCAAUAUGGUUUGAAAUGGCUGUAUAAUUUACACAUAACCAUCUUAUUUUUUAUUUUUACAAACUCUUAACUUAAUAAUCAUGACACCAUUUUUUUGUCCCCCCCACCCCCCUCACACAUGCACACAAACCUUAUUCGCAUGUGAACCAGCUGGAGUUAUGUGCUUUAUACACAUAUUAAUUAAGUCAUUUAAUCUUAAAUAAAUACCAUGUGUUCUACUGUGUAUGACCUCCAGUUCAACUAUUUAACCUCUUCAUUACUAUUUUGGAUAAUUUUUGUAUUACUAUCUCCUUGACCUACCUGUUGAUAUGAUUCAACAUUUUCAAUGUGUUUCCAAUGCAUUAGUCUAGGUGUUAUGAUAGUCCCAUGAGUUGAUGAGUCUGCAGUGUUGUGCUUUACAAAGGGAGCGACAGAGGGCACCAGAGGCCACAACAACUGGUGAGUCACUAAAUGGGUCAACUUUGAUUUCUAAUGAGACUUUUAAUGCGUUUAAGAGUGUUGAAACUUUCCUUUUGAGGUGUGUUGACUAAAGCAUCAAAUCUCAAACGAGAGUCCGUCAUCACUAACUUGGUGGUUUGUGCUAUGAGAUCUGUUUGUAAGCUAAAACUGCUGUGAAUGAAAUAAUAAAAUUAAUUGACAUUUUGAUGAAAAAAAAUCGUCUUUAAAAUGGCAACAGUAUAUGUAAU